UGUCAUAACAGCGCACAUGUUCGACAAAGACUCGUUGUUGGAUCGAAACAAUUUGCUUGUUUUAGUUAAAGUAUUUUCAAUUUAAAUAAAAUCGUAUCGAAAUGUCUGAUUCGGAAAGUGGUAGUGAACAUGAUUAUUCAAAUUUUUUUGAUGAUCAAGAAGCGGUAGACGAUGAAAAACCAUCGGUUGCUGUGAAACAAGAGCCAAACGAUACCGAAGGCAAAAAUCAUAAUGAUGAAGAAAAUGAAACGAAGCCAGAGAUCGAUAGUAAAUCGAUGAAAUUAUCGGCUAAGGAACAACGUAAACUGGGCAAAUUGAAAGAGCAACAAUUGAAAGAAGACAUUUUUGGUAAUAAAAACAAUUACCUAAAAAAUCUUGAAAUAUUGGCCGAUGGUGUAAAGAAGAAGAAGAAAUCAGAUAAAAAGAGAAAGCCAGUUUGGAAUGAUGAUGACGACGAAGGCACCGAUGUAGUUACCAGAAUUGACAAUUACAAAUGUGAGGUCACACAAAAAGAGGUGUAUAAAAAGCAAUUGGAAAAUAAAUUCCAACGUAUACUUGGCACACCUGCUUGGGCCGAUUUGAAUCGCAAAAAUAAGGGCGGCGAUGACGAUGAUUCUGAUGAUGAAAUUCUACGUACGGUCGGUCAUAUAGCGCAAACAAAAAGUGCACAUUUGAUAAGUGGCCAAUUGCAGUUUAAAAAAUUAAAAGAUUUAAAUCGUGAAAGUUAUGCAGAGGGUCCAUCAAUAACCAGUGUCACAUUUCAUCCGGGCUCAUCGGUUGGAUUGGUGUCCGGUACAAAAGGAAUUGCAACAAUUUAUUCAAUUGAUGGCAAGAAAAAUGAUAAACUUCACAGUAUGGCAUUUAAAAAUUUUCCAAUUCGCUGUUGUCGUCUUUCAAAGGAUGGCAGCCAAGCCAUUUUUGGCGGUUCACAAAAAUACUUCUACACAUAUGAUUUGCUGAGUGGCCAAACGCAACGCAUCUUUUUACCAAAAACAAUAACAAAAAUGCACAAUUUUGAGGUUUCACCGUGCGGUAAAUAUGUUGGUGUUAUUGGACGUUUUGGUGAAAUACAUUUGUUAUUUGCAAACACAUUUGAAUUGCUGUGCACAUUAAAACAGGAACAUGAUGCAACCGCAUUAACAUUUUCAAUGAAUUCAAAAUACUUAUUUACGCAUGGUGUGGAUAAUGAAGUGAAUAUUUUUGAUAUUGGUGAACAACGAUUCACGCAUCGUUUUAUCGAUGAUGGCUGCAUCAAUGGAUCAACCAUAUCGAUUAGUCCAAAUGGACAAAUGGUGGCCGCAUCAAGUCAACAGGGCGUUGUUAAUGUAUACAACUAUAAUGAUGUGCUGCAUCAAAAAUAUCCACACCCUCAAAAGACCAUUCUAAAUUUAACGACAGCCAUUUCAAGUACAACAUUUAAUCAUACAUCGGAAUUGCUUGCAAUCGCAUCAAAAGACGUCGAAGAUGCUGUUCGAAUAGUACAUUUUCCAAGUGGAACGGUCUUUCAUAAUUUUCCAGCGACAAAUUCAAACAUCGGCAAACCCAAUGUCAUACAAUUUUCACCACAAAGCGGAUAUUUUGCCAUUGGAAAUGGCGACAAACAGGUUCCCAUGUAUCGACUGAAACAUUUCAAUAACUUUUGAAUAAUAUUUUUUUUUCUCGAAUUUUAUUUGUUAUGCACAUGCGAAAAGUCAACAAAAUAUUCAAUAAA